GGCGUCAAGAUGGCGGCGCCCCCGCUCCGGCCCGGCGCCGGUGUGGUACCGUGGAGAGACGGCGGGCCCGAGGACACCAAGAUGGCAGUAUACCCACCAGGUCAUCCGACUCCUUCCCUACAAGAUGCAAAACUUAGAAGACCAAUGGUCAUGGAUAUCAUAGGAAAAAAAAUUGAAUCUCUUAGAAAAGAAAAGGCCUUAAAUAUAAGGGGAACAUUCCUCCUUGGAACAACAGCUGGCAUCUCUGGAAUAUCAGCAAACUUGGUCUUCAGAAGUUGCUUCAAAGUCAAUUAUGAUACUUUGAAGACAUUUACAUCAUUGGCUACACUUCCAUUUUUAUCUUCAGUAGUUACUUACAAGCUCCUUGUAACUGAUGCUUUGUGUUCAGGUAACAUAAGCAAGGAAAAUUGUGCCCUGAGAAGCUUGCUGGUUAGUAUAAUGUGUGGCGUGUUGCAUCCCACUGCUUUGGCUUUUUCUAAAAAUGGACGUCUUGCAGUCAAGUACCACACGGUCCCACUGCCACCAAAAGGAAGAGUUUUACUCCACUGGGUGCUGCUUUGUCAAACGGAUAUUAAGCUAAUGUUGAUUCCGCUGAUCUUCCACACAUUUUUUGGACUAUUUAAUGGUCUACAACAUUAUGCAGUAUAUGAACGCACACGUGAAAACUAUAUGUAAAGAACAAUAAAUGGACACUAACACAGAA